GAGGAGGAAGAAGAGAAAGAGAGAGAGGGGGAGAGAAAGAGGGGGGAGAGAGAGAGAUAAAUCCGGAAACCAUGGCGAAAUGGGACUGGGAUGACACCGAUUGGGAUUGGGAAGAUACGGAAGAAUCUUCCUAUGGAGAGGAGCCGAAGAUGAUUGUCAUACAAGCAGAGAUUUACCAGGAGUGGCUCAGGGAUAUCCUACGGAAAUUUCACAAAGAAUCGGUCACGGUAACCGAAUGUAACGUAAGCCCGGGCUGUAUGAGUAAUGAAAGCGCGCUCAGUGCUAUAACUCGCGCUAAAAUCAAGUACACGCUGGACGACACAAAGACUGUUCAAGAUCUCUCGCUUAUCGUGAAAGAGCUUCCAAAAGAUCCCUUCAGUCGUUUCUUUGUUAUCGAAGGCCAGUUCGAUCUGCGAGAAAUUAAAUUUUAUACACAGGUUAUGCCGGACCUGAAAGAAUUUCAAAAGAAGCAACUAGCAUCCCAAGAAAAUAAAUCGGACAACGAAAUCGUUCUGUCAGUUCCAGUGUGCUAUUAUGCACGUUACACACCAGUCGAUGACUCAGACGAUAACCCUCUGACAACAGAUUCGAUUCUGGUAUUGCACGAUCUUCGUGACUCUGAUUUUCGAAAUAUCAAAUUUGACGAAGGAAUGACCUACGAUCAAACUAAAGUUGCAUUAGAUGCUAUAGCACGUAUACACGCACAUUCUCUGGCAAUGAAAGUUAUCGAAGGAGAGCCUCUGUCUGAACGUUAUCCAUUCCUCUUCCAAACAGCAAAGGCAACAGACUCGUAUCAACAACUGGUCGAACGUGGUUUGCCACAACUUGCCAAAUUUUUGAAAAGUACGCCAGAAUUAGAAGCGAUACUCGAGGCCCUACUCGUACUACGACCUAGAACUAAACAUAUAAUAUCUGCACUCCUUGCACCAGAAGGACCGCUAGCGUUGAUCACGCAUACAGACUUCUGGUGCAAUAAUUUACUUUUCAAAGAAGGACCUUCUGGCUUCGAAUGCUGCAUUCUUGACUGGCAAAUGGUCACUUAUAGUAGACCAACUAACGAUAUUGCUCUUUUGUUAGUGAGUUCAUUACCAACCGAACUACGUCGAAAGCAUACGGAAACCUUCCUUGAUAUUUAUUGGGAUACACUGACUAACACGUGCUCCCGUCUUGGUGUCGAUAUUCCCAAGGAUUUAGGUUAUACAAGAGAAGACUUAAAUAAGGAUUACAGGCGAUCGCAACUUCUUGCACUCCUACUUUGUAUUGGAUCCGUAGACGUUGCUUUAGGCGAUACAGAUACCGAACAACGCUUAAUCGACGUUCUAAAAGAUCUUCAUAGUGAGGGUGUACUUACAGACGAGACUGCGAUUGCCACUAGCGAAAACGACCCUUAGUCAGCGUUAUUACCGCCCAUGAUAGUGCUGCAACGAAUUAAUACCUCUACGCUAAAUGUAAAUCGAGGAAGCAAGAGUUAUUGAAGUGAUCAU